GUGUCCCCGGCGGGAGGGGCGGGGCCUGGCGGCGGCGGCGGCGGAGAGCGCGGAGCGGGACCGGCCGGGCCGAGAGUCCGUAAGGAUGAAUGGCUCCGAGCUCGCCAGCACCACGGCAUCCAGUCCCAAAUCCAAGGAGGAGCAGGUGGUGAACGGGCACGAUGAGAAGGAGAACAAUCCCUUCGCCGAGUACAUGUGGAUGGAGAACGAGGAGGACUUCAACAGGCAGGUGGAGGAGGAGCUGCAGGAGCAGGAAUUCCUCGACCGCUGCUUCCAGGAGAUGCUGGAGGAGGAGGACCAGGACUGGUUCAUCCCGUCCCGGGACCUGCCCCAGGGGGUGGGGCAGCUGCAGCAGCAGCUCAACGGGCUCUCGGUGGGGGACGGGCACAGCUCCGAGGACAUUCUGAGCAAAAGCAACUUGAAUCCAGAUGCCAAGGAGUUUGUGCCGGGCGUGAAGUACUGACAGGCCAGGCCUGGAGAGAGACUGAGUCCCUGCUGCAGGGAAUGCCAGGGGAUAGAGGGGGGACAGCCCGGCUGGACUCGGCGCCGGGAUCUGCUCCAGCUUCAAGUACCUGUUUUUUUCCUCCUUUAUUUUUUUUUUUUAACACUUUGUAUCGUCCCAUCACCUUUUUUUGGCGGUUUUUUGCUUCCUGGGACGUGUUGGCCCUCGGGCCUGUCCUGGAUUCCAGCCUCUCCCUGCUCCAGAGGCCCAUUCCUGCGUGUGCUUCGGCCCUGCUAGUGGGAAGAUCCUGGGAAGAUCGGGUGUGCUUGUUUCAGUAGGAUUUUUAGGGCUCCCCUGCCAGGCUGGAGCUGCACUGGCCUUCCCCCAUUCCCCUAAAGUGGAUUUCUUCACUCCAGGUGAAGUGCACCAAGCUGUGAUCCCGAAAUUCCUCCAGGCAGCCGCUGCCCCGGCUCCACGAUGGAAGCUGAGCACUCAUUCCCACAUUCCCGUGCUGGCAGGGGGGUCCUUCCUGCUCCAGCGGUUCUGGGGAUGCUCAGGGGGCCCAGACCCCCCAGGCAUCAACCCCUGGGAAGGGCAGCUCCUCCCAAACUCCUCCUUCAGGAAUUCCCUCCCCAGCUCUUGAGCUCAUCCAACACUACAGGCCGUGGCUCUGAAGCCUCAGCAUCCGAAUUCCUCUUGGAUUUAAAUCCGUUCUUGGCACAGAGGAGGGGUGGGGGGGGUUGUGGAGCAGCUUCCCUGGGACAGGAGCAGGAUCCUCCUUUGGGCUGAGCCUGAGCCCCGAGGAGCCCCCCCCGAGGGAUGAUUUUGGGAGGGCAUGGGCAGGUCCUGGGGCUGGUCCCUUUUCCCUUUUCCAAGGCUCUGGUGCUGCCUUCAGCAGAGGCCCUGGAGCAGCUGUUGGAGCAGGAUCCGUGUCUGAGCUCCUGGGAACCUCCUUCCCCACCCAUGGGAGCUGCAGCUCCCAAACCACGGCCCUGGCACUUCCAGGGGUCUAAAUCGGGGGCUGAAUGGGAUCCUUCAGAGAGCUAGGGCUGGAAAUCCCCAUCCAGGGAAAGUGGGAGCUCCUAGGGGUCAGAAAUCCCUGUCCAGGCAAUACAGGUGUGUCCCAGGGCCAGCAAUGCCUGCCCAGAGAAAGGAGGAGCUCCUUGGGGUAGGAAAUCCCUAUCCAGGGAAAGUGGGAGCUUGCCAGGUUAGAAAUCCCUGAGAAAGCAGGAGGUUCCCUGGGUCAGAAAUCCCUACCCAGGGACCCCUUUUUGGGGUCAUAAAUCCCUGUCCAUGGAAAAUGGGAGCUCUUUGUGGUCACAAAUCCCUAUCCAGGGAAAUUAGGAGCUUCCCAAAUUUGGGAAUCUCUAUCCAGGGAAAUCAGGAGCUUCCUGGGGUUGGAAAUCCAUGAGAAAACAGAAGCUUCUCCAGGUCAGAAAUAUAUAUCCAGGGAAAUUAGGAGCUUCCCAGGUCAGAAAUCCAUGAGAAAACAGGAGCUGCUUGGGCCUAGAGAUCCUUAUCCAGAGAAACCAGGAACUUCUAAGGUUUGGAAAUCUACAUCCAGGGAAAGCAGGAGCCUCCCAGGGUCAGAAAUCCCUAUCCAUGGAAAACGGGAGCUUCCUGGGGUCAGAAGUCCCUAUCCAGAGAAACCAGGAGCUUUCUGGGCUUGGAAAUUCCUACCCAUAGAAAGUGGGGGCUCCUGGAGGUUGGAAAUCCAUAUCCAGGGAAAGUAGGAGCUCCUGGGGGUCAGAAAUCCCCAUCCAGAGGAAAAGGGAGCUUGUCACGGUUAUAAAUGCAUGGAAAGCGGGAGCUCCCGAUCCAGGACAAUUGGCACAGUUCCCGCUGGAUGAGCCGCCGCUCAUCCGUGUAAAUCCCCCUCCCGGGCGCGGUUCCCCCCCAGUCCCGCCCCUAAAGGAGCCGCUAAUGGAUCGGGAUGGGGAUCCCGAUGGCCAUUAACUCUCGGGGCCAUCGGACCGUGAACAAGGGCUGAGCCCACGGAAUUCCCUGCUCCCAGUGCGCCCCGGAGCCUCCCGGUUCUCCCAGCUCCGGCUGCCGGGCUUAAUCCCGGCGCUGAACCCCGGCUGGAACCAGCAGCCCUAUGGAAGCCCCAUCCAAGUAUUCCAGGUUGGGGUGAGUUCUCCCCUUUCCCGGUGCCUUCCUGGCCGGGCAGGAUGGGAUCCAGGGAGCUGGGAUGGGCAGCGGGAACUGGGAUGGGCAGCGGGACACUGGGUGAACCCCUGGAGCGAUCCCACUCCCCCCUUUCCUUUUCCCUCUUCCCCUUUGAUUUCCUACUCCCUCCCCCUCCACGUGCUGUAAAUUUCGGACAAGGCGUUAUCAAAAAUAAACUUUUUUUGGAAGGGAGCGGGGCCAGAGUUUU